CCGGAGAGUCGGAGCGGACUAUCACUUUGAAGCGAACCAGCCAAGCAGCUUGUAACAUCAAUUUUGCAGCCACCAUGGAACAACUUCUCUAUCUCGCAAAGAUUCAGCUGUUUCUGGUAGUUAUUUGUAUGGCGACACAUACGGCGUCACCAAUCAAAUGCUUCAAGUGCCAAUCAGAUGGAAUCCAAAACAUUUCUUGCGCAAGUGACUAUCAAGCAGAGGAAUGCGGUCUCGAUUCGAAUGGACGAGCUUACAACGCCUGCUAUUCGCGCAACCAAACCAACGACUUUCCCGCCAUUGGAGUCCAGUUUACGGAGGAUAAAGGAUGCGCCUUCCAUGGAGAAUGCGAUUUUUUAAGAACAAUAUUGUGUCACGAUACCUAUGGCUUUUUACGGAGCUGUUUUCUUACUUGCUGCGUGGAAGAUUAUUGUAAUCAAGGUAGUUUGAAUUUCCCUGCAGAGCCAACGACAAUUAGAAGGGAUAUCACUACAACAACCAAACCAACGACAAGCAGCGAAAAAUCUUCACGGAAAUCCAUAAUUAUCACAAAACCAACAGUUACGAGUUCAGAUUAUUUACCAAAGAGUUGUCAAUAUGUCGUUUUCAUAGUGACAAUAUUCUUGAUACUUCUAGUUUUAAUUUAAGGGAUGAGGUCAAAGCAAUUAUCUCUGUGGGGGGAGGGGGAGGAGGGGGGUGGAAUUUGUGGUUCCAAAAACCGUGCGGGGAUCGACUUUAAAAAUAUAGAGUCGAUCCUCGCAUGGUAUCAUUACUUUAAUGUCGUCCAGGGCUAAUUUAAUAUUGAGCUCAAUGAAUGAGGCAAUCUUUUAACUAAUCGAAAAAUUAGAUCCCACUUGCUCAACUGUUAAUUUAUAUUUAAUAUCUUGACUACUUUUUCCCUUGAAUUAAUGGAGACCCUUAAAGUUACGACUCUUUCUCAAAGAACUCAAGUCAAGACGGCCUUCAAUCAAACUGACUUUACUGUGGUUGGUUGUUGCUAUCGUCAUUUGUUUGAUAUCCGUCUAUUUGUUAACCAGACAUUGUUUUAAAGUCACACUAUUCAUUUACAUUCUUUUUUUUUUCUUUUUUAACUUAAAACUUAAAAACUUUUUUUUUACAAAAUGAAAGUGGAAGCGAAUAAAAAUAAGUAUUUAUCAAAAUAAAAGGAAAAAUAAACCCUCAAAUAUUAUAUAUCUUUACAAUGUAAUAGCAAAGCUUUAUAUUAGCUUGUGUAAG